GAAUUAGGGUUUUAUAAAGGUUGGCGCCGUCGCUCUGUUCGUCGUCGACCGAAGUGAGCGUGGUACACAGGGGAGGGAGGAGAAAGAUGAGGCCAAUUCUGAUGAAGGGGCAUGAGAGGCCCCUAACUUUCCUCAAAUACAAUCGUGAGGGCGAUCUUCUCUUUUCUUGCGCCAAAGAUCAUAACCCAACCGUCUGGUUUGCAGACAACGGCGACCGCCUCGGCGUCUAUCGAGGUCACAACGGAGCCGUCUGGUGCUGUGAUGUUUCCCGGGAUUCCAGGCGCCUUAUUACGGGCAGUGCAGAUCAGACUGUUAAGUUAUGGGACGUUCAGUCCGGCACCCAACUCUAUUCCUUUAACUUCGACUCUCCCGCCAGGGCUGUGGAAUUUUCUGUUGGGGAUAAACUUGCUGUUAUAACUACGGACCCUUUUAUGGGACAAACAUCCACUAUACAAGUGAAAAGGAUAUCGAGAGAUCCCAAUGAACAGGUUGGCGACUCUAUUCUUACAAUUAAGGGCCCUCAAGGGAGAAUCAAUAGAGCUGUUUGGGGGCCUUUAAAUAAGACUAUUAUAAGUGCUGGUGAAGAUGCAGUAAUCCGGUUAUGGGAUUCUGAGACUGGUCAGUUGUUGAAGGAGUCUGACAAAGAGACGGGUCAUCAGAAAACAGUUGCCUCACUAGUAAAGUCUUCCGAUGGCUCUCAUUUCCUCACAGGUUCCUUGGAUAAAUCAGCUAAGCUAUGGGACUCAAGAACAUUGACUCUUAUCAAGACAUAUGUGACAGAGCGUCCAGUAAAUGCAUGUGACAUCUCUCCACUUCUUGAUCAUGUCGUUAUUGGUGGUGGUCAGGAUGCAUCAGCUGUUACAAGAACUGAUCACAGGGCUGGCAAAUUUGAAGCAAAAUUCUUUCACAAGAUUCUUGAAGAAGAAAUAGGGGGUGUAAAAGGUCAUUUUGGACCAAUAAAUGCUCUGGCAUUUAAUCCUGAUGGGCGAAGCUUUUCGAGCGGCGGAGAAGAUGGCUAUAUCAGACUGCAUCACUUCGAUUCUGAUUAUUUCACCAUUAAAAUGUAGCUCUGGUUCUGUCUUCUUGCAGUUCUUCCUUCAAAUUGGUCCAUUUUUUGUUCCUAAAUUUUAUCAAAGAUCCGUGCAAUGGUGGUGGAUUUAGAAGAGUUUCUUGUGAAAGUUUGGUUCAAAUGGGAUUAUUUGGUUUUGUACCACUAAUAUUUUUAAUUGAUGGGUAUCAGUUGAUCUAAACUGCAAUGCUUUUCCUGUGAGGAUGAUCUAUUACAACUAAUAUGAUGAUAUGUUGUCUAGUUCUCUAUCUGAAAUAAAAUGUUUCUAUAAAUUGUUUAGUUACAAGCUUCUGCCGAA